AUGGAGCACGAUGCGAGGUAAUAACUAAGCAUUCAUUCUUUGUUGUUUUAAAGCACAAAAUUCCAGCUUCAGCCGCCGUGAAACGAUUCGCGACAGCUCGUACAUCUGUGGAGUUGUGGAAGGUACAUAAUCACACAAAAAUCACCAAAAAUUCCUCAUUUUUUACAGGAUUUUACGGUCGACCGUGGACGUUGGAACAGAGGAAACACCUAUUCAAACGGCAAAAUCAUCUCGGUCUGACAACCUACGUGUACGCCCCAAAAGAUGAUAUCAAGCACCGUUCAGUGUGGAGACAAAUGUACAACGAAGAAGAGAUGGGUAAGUAUGUCGAAAGUCGGCACGGGUUCAGCAUUUUUGAGAAAAAUGGUUGGUUUGACGCAAUUUGUAAACAGACAAUUACAAAAAAUAAAAUCAUGUCUUGAAAGGUUUUGAAAAGACUCUCGACAAGUCUGUUUGAAAGAAAAUCGUUGCUGGUUUCAGUUUACCUCCGAAACAUGGUCGAAAGUGCAAAAGAAAACAAUGUCAACUUUGUCUACGCGAUUUCUCCGGGAUUGGACAUUGUGUACAGCUCCGAAAAGGAAUUGGACACUUUGAAGAUGAAAUUAGAGCAGGUACAGCUCACCGAACACGUGGAUUUCGUCAAAUAGUUCUUUGCAGGUUAAAUCAGUAGGAUGUGACUCUUUCGCAGUACUAUUCGACGAUAUUGAGAAGGAAAUGCAUCAGGAAGACCGAGAACAGUUCAAAUCUUUCGCCCACGCUCAGGUAAAUGGAAUUGCUUCCAGCUACUAUUCCGAACUAUCAUUUUCAGGUUCAUAUCGCCAACACCCUACACGAACAUCUAAAAUCUAAGACGUUCAUGUUUUGCCCCACGGAAUACAGUGAAUCCCGUGCAGCGCCGACUCUGGAACGAUCGCCCUACCUAGCGACAAUCGGUGAACACUUGGCAAAGGAAAUUCACGUGAUGUGGACAGGUAGGAUUCGGGAUUCGGUUCACAACAACAAAACAUGUAAAAACAUUUCAGGACCACGAGUUAUUUCUCGUUUUAUAACAGUCGAACACUUGGUGCGAGUGGGUAAAGUAAUCCAGCGAAAGCCGCUUAUAUGGGACAACUUACACGCGAACGAUUACGACUUGAAAAAAAUAUUCAUGGGUCCGCUUAUGCAUCGAUCCGUCGAAAUCAAGGAAGUCACUUCGGGACUGCUUUCCAAUCCGAAUGGAAAAUACGAGGCGAACUUUGUGCCAUUCCACAGUUUAUCCGAUUGGAAUGCGGCUGACAGAGAUUUGCUUGCACGUACGUCAUUGAAGAAUAGCCGUGACCAAAAACUAACGAAAAGUACAUUAUAGAUGAAUCGGGAUUGUCGGAAGAUAAUGGAAUACUCUACAACAUUGACAUCAACACCCCGACCGUCUACAUUCCAGAAGUUUCCGUGGUGAAUGCCGUGAUCUCUUGGAUCGACGAGUUUCUCAUACCAACUCCCAUCAUUCCUUCACAGUGAGUCAGAAAUGACAAGCUAACUCUAAAGAUAUCAGGCUCAGAAAUCCACAACUCACCGCUGAUGUCAUUGGAUCCGUGCCAGGGCGCCGGAGUUCCAUUUGGCUUCAGGAUCUUCCGACAACUCACGGCGUCAUCCAUCCGGAACCAAUUCAGCCGGCCGAAAUCCCGACCGAGAACAUCAUACAAUCCGCUGUGCCACCUGAAGAACCGGUCCCAUCGGAGCUCAAUUCCCUAGCGGCAGACUACUCGCAGCCAAUGGAAACUGAUGAUCUUUUGGAUAUGUGUGACGAGGAUGACAUGGUGACGGUCGACGACGAAAUCGCGAGACCCAUUGGUUUUGCGGUGUCUGAGGACGAAUUGAGAAACCAGAGAAUCGCUUUGCUGACAUCGAUUGUCGAGAUUUACUAUCUCCCAUUCGAGAAUGGACCGAGAGUUCAGACACUUUUCAAGGAUUUCGUAUGGCUCAUGCGAAAUGCAGCUGUGAUGAAGAAAUCGUUUCGAGAAAUCGAGUAAGUUUUUGAGCAAAUGCAAAUAAAAAUGCCGAGUUUUAUUUCAGAACUCUGGAUCCGAUGCAAUCCGAGUGGUUGGUCAAAUACGAUGGAAUAAACGAGUUCCUCACCAACGCCAUCGACGCGUUCUUUUUUAUCACGCAGGCUCCGAACAAACCGCUUCUUGCCGAGCUCGUGCCAUACGCAUUCGAUGCUCACAGUUCGUGUGUGGUCUUACUGGCUGUGGCUCGAUGGAUGAUGCUGGGACAUGCGGUGGAUACCGCCGGAAGUCACUUGCCCGAAGAUUUCGGAUCCAGCGACGAGCGAUGGAUUCAGCAGAAUGGAUUCAACACGGACACCAUGAGGUACCACACACACACACACACACACACACACACACACAUGAACUCUCACCUCAACGUCAAUACACUUUCAGAGUCCUCAACGUCGUCGACAACGUGGAGAAGAUGUUUAGCACGAAAAUCUUCCUUCCUCUCUGCAUGUACUGCUUCGACAUCCGGCCAUUCAACAUGUCCGACUGUGAUUACAUCUCCGGAAUGGUAACCGUCAUGCUGACCCACAACCAGGACCUUCUAUUGCAUCGUGCCAAGAACUUUGCCGACCGGAACAUCAUUCCCUUCUUGCUCGGUGGAGCCCGCCACAAUUUUCUAUGUGAGAAAGUGGACGAGACCGGCCACAAAGUAUAUCGCUCCCAGACACAUGGAUACAUUAUUCGAUACAUUUUUCAGCCCGUCUGUUACUCAUCGGCACACGCCGACGGAAUGCAUUUCAGCCAAUACCUCGAAAUUCAUAAAUCGCAAUUGAGGGAGAAGUACAAGGGACUGGUGGAGGAUAGGAAGAUCGGAUCGACCAAACUCACGGAGGAGUACAUCGACUUCAUUCAAGACAGCCAAACACCAAUGGAUGUGGACGAUUGGUAUCCGAAAGUUCCGGAGCAUAUUUUUGAGAAGUAUCCGGCAUGGGUGGAAACUUAUUUCGGAUUGGAUGCCACCGACGCUCAUCCUAUGAAGAAAACUCUGCAGAUCACGGCUGUAACGUUGGCGAUGAAUGGUGAGCAUUGUAUUUGGACUUUUUUAUAACGUGAUCGGCUUUCAGGCUCACCCGGCUACUUCCUAUCCGUGCCAAUCGACGACUUUGCACGUCAGAAGUACUUUUUGGAGAUUGGCCUUCACGACCUGGGACCGUCCCUUUGCCAACGAUUCCGUCUUUUCGGACAAGUUCUCCGCACAGUCUCUCGUCAGUCUUCAAGUUCCGACGAUUGA